AGCUGUUUGCAAUUAACCUUUGCAUUCUUUCUAUGAGAAAACGUCUCUGGGAGAGAUAUUAAUUUAUCUGAAAUUAACCGUGAUUGAGCAUAUAUUAGUGGGGAAUGUGAUCGUAUGUAUUUAUUUCGCUGUCGAUCUAAACUUGUGUUUGUUAUUAACUUUUUCACGGUUGCCUCGCGGGGAAUUUGAAAAUAUGGCAACCUAUGUUUGGUUGUUUGAUGAUCAGUCAAUAUUAUGGUCAAAAAAUUUCGUGCGUUAUGCUUCAUGGCUAGAAUUUGACGCUAUCUGACCAAGAUCUUCUGUGAUUGCCGUGAAAUAUGGCGGAAGGAAUGAAUUUUUCGUUUGGAAGGCGACAAGAAAAGAUUGACUGGAGGCGACUUGCGUCUGUGGAUGUUGAUAGGAUUCUGAGGGAGAUGGAUGUGAAAACAUUACAAGAUAACAUAAUGCAUGUCACAUUCAGCAACAUUGAGGCAGAGCUGGGAAUGCAGGCUAUUGGUUUUGAUCCAAAUUAUAUCAAGUUGUUUCGACUGGCACAGCUUAUUAUUGAGUACCUUUUGCAUUCUCAGCAGUUUCUUUCGGCAAAUCUUGAGGCAGAGAACAAGACACUACAGGAAUCUUUGGAGACAACAGAAAGAGUAAAGAAAGAACUAGAUGAGAAGAAAGAAGCUUAUAAAAAGCUCAAGAAAGAAUGCCAGAAACAAAAGCAGUGGAUUGCAGAAUACCAACUUCUGAUCAGGGCUGGAGCAAGUGGUUCUCACAAGUGCCCAUAUUGUGCUAAGUCAUUUGUCAGCCAUGAGUAUGUCAUAGCUCAUCUCAGUAGACGGCAUGGUGAACACACAAGCCAAGUCAAUGGGAUGGUGAUCUCGACAGUGCCACCUGUCAAAUCUGUUGGUGCUGUAACCAUGGAAACAAAACCUGGCAUGACUGAAAAGGAGAAAAAUGAUUUAGAGGAAGAAUUGCAAAUGAUCAAAUUACGGUUGCAAAAGACAGAACGUGAACUGCAAGAGGAAAAGAAAUUAACACAGUCACAGAGAGAUAAAUUGACAACAGAAAAUCACAAUAUGGAUGAACUUAGAGCAAUGUUUGAUCAAUGGAAAGCUGGAGAGAAGGCUGAACAACAGCGUGAAAUAGCUGAAUUAAAAAGGACUUUUGUGCAGGAUAUGAACAGCAUGAGGGAGGAGAGGGAUAUGUUUUCAGAUAGAGUGACUGCAUUACAAGAGCAGCUGAAUAGCCGAUGAAGAUGAAACUGAUUCUCCAGCAAAGGCUAACAGAAGUGAAAUGUCACAACAGUUUAUGGCACAAUUAGAGGAUAAGGUUAUCCAGAUGCAGACAGAAACACAACAGAAUUUGCAGAAAGAAAUGCAAAAAAUGCACCAGAAAUUUAAGGCCCGGGAAGAUAAAUCCAAGAAAGAACACAGGGAGGAAAUGGGGCAGUUUCAGGAAAUGAUGGGCCAGUAUGAAGAAAAUCUACAGAAUGAAAGAAUAGAGAAGAAACGGAUGUCAGAAGACUAUGAAAGCAAAAUAGGGGGAUUACAAAGGCAAGUUCAAGAGCUAAGAAAUGCACUGGAUGCACAAAAGGUGGAGACAGAGAAAGUCCAGUAUUCUUUCAAAACCCAACCGCCACCAUUACUUGCUUCUACUCCUCCUGUGCCCGCUCCAAGACACAUCGAGAAACCUGUGCAAGCUGAACCACCCGAAAGAGAACGUGCCACUUCUCCCGACAAAAGUAUUAAGACAGGAGCAGAAUCAAUCACGCUCUACGUGGCGACUAACCAAAAAAAGAGCGGCCAAUAUCGCUUAUGGCGCCAAACAGCCGACGGAUCUAACGAAUGGUCCAACAAGUACGCUCUUUCCGCCUUUAUAAAACCCACAGGGAAUUUCACUUACCCGGUGUACGUGUUUGCCGCAGGGGGGUCCCCUCACUGGCGACAGUAUGUAUCGGAUAAAUCGUCACCUCCCAGCCCGGAGUAUCGCCUGGAUUACAUGUUCUAUUGUUCUCAGACAUUCCUCCCUGGUACUCUGCAGUAUCAUGUGUUGGAGGCCGGAAGUAUCCCCGUGAUAAGAUCGUAUGUGUCUCGGACCAACAGUGUCCCGGGAUGGAGACAUAACGGAUUGUCAUUUUAUGCUCCAAAAUCAACUCUGGUCAGUGACAAAACGCUGACAAGUAUUUCUGCAUCAUUUGAAUCUACUUUGACGGAGGACAAAGAGCAAGACUUUGAACCCAGUGAAUCUGAAUCGGAAGAAGAGUCUCCAGUCCCUGUAGUACCAAAAGUUGAAGUUGAAGAUGUUGAUGCAAAUGACAGCACGGGAAGUUAUGAUGACGUCAGAGAGAUCACUUCAGGCCUUUCCAGCUCUGAGUGGGGUACUACCACUUUAGAAACAGGCGAGUUCCAUCCAAUUCCUCAUAAUCGGCUGAUAACAACUCGAUUUAAUCACAAAUUCGAUGAAGUACAGGCGGGAAGACAAGAAAUUGCUCAGAUAUUGGACCAAAAACUCUCUAAGCAAGGCCUGUCUUCGGAAAAUCCAAGACUGUCUUCACAGAAAAUGGAAGCCAAGAUGGCGGCACUGAGAACAGAGAGGCAAGCUAGGAGUAAGAAAAUUAAGAACUUCGCCGCAGUUAGACAAAGGUGUGUGGAAGAGUUGGAAGAAAUCGUAAAGAAGACCUACCGCAGUGGAACUUCCACAGGGAAACCAGGCUCAUCAGUUCCCGCUGGUCCAGGUCCCGAUUACCGUUCCCACAAGGAUAAACCUCCAACAUUCAAGUCCACUGCAACUGCCGUGCGUACUUCCACUUCACUGCAGCAAGGCCGGAAGUCGCCAGCUUCGAGAGGAACCUUGGUGUCUACUGGAUCAACCAGUGGAGGUGACAUGACAGUUAGCGUUACUUCCGUCACAGACGGCUCUUUCUCUGGCACUUCCGUCGUGACAGAGCGGACACUGAGCGAGUCUGAAGAGGAAGUGAGCGUGACUGAAGGAUCACAAGAGGAAGAAGAGGAAGAUCAAGAAGAAGACGAAGAGGAGUCCAAUUGGGACUCAGAGGAAGAAGCCGUUAAACCACCCACUCAGCCGACACACAAAGUGGCAGUCCACAUUCCCUCGCAACAGGACGAAGAAUCGGAUUCAGAUAUUGAAGAGUUGGCUCCCGUUAAAACCAUUCCUAGGGCUGCUCCGCGCGGUGAAAAGGUUCGUGAAUUGACCGAAACUCUUGAGCGUAGCUUGAACUUCGGAUCUGCUGUUAAGAAACCCGCUGGCGGAGUCUCUCUUCACUUCCAGGGGAAUGGUAACGAUAACAGUGAGCCUCCGCGCGCUACAGCUCAGCAGUCAUCGGGACGAAAGAAUGACGAUGAUUUCGACAGCGAUUUAUCUAUAUCCUCUUUGGAAGAAAAGACACCCGGUAGAGGGACAUUUGAUUCUGGAAGGAGGAAUCUGCAGCCUCCAGGUGGGUCCCAAUCCACUGGCCGACAAAGUCCUGUGUUGGAGUUCAGAAGACCUCAGCCCCAGUCCACACGCAUACAGGCAUUUACGCAUGACGACUUCUCCGAUAUAGAAGACGACUGAAGCGCGCUCGAUAAGUCUUGCGAAAUGUCAAGUGUAAAUUGUGACGUUAAAGCUCAUAAGCUCUGACGAAACCAUGAGAGACUUGACAUAUGAUGAUCGUGAACUAAUAUAAAAACACUUUUCUACAGAAAAAAUCUAACCAAGUAUUUAUCUUUCUCCAGAAAAUAAUUUUGUAUUGAAGCCUUUCCUGAAAAGUAUCAUAAAGUUGCAUUUGGGUUACAGAGGAAUUUUCUACAUUUGUUGGGUAUAAUAAAGUUCUCCUGGACUGUUUAAAUUGAAUUGGCCAAACCAAGAAGCUUUCUCUUUGAUUGGAUGGUUGUCUCACACUCCCAUGACGUCACUCCAAAGGGAAUAGUUGUUAUGAGCCAAUCAGACGAUUACACGUGACUAAUAAGUUGUUCAGUUGACUGCGUUUCUGGGUCGAUCAGAAGAGAGACCCUGGGGAUAGGGUUUUUCUUAGCAACUGUCAAGAAAAUUUGAAAGGGUGGGGGAAGUGUGUUUUUUUUUUGGUCACACCCUGUUCCCUUUUCAAUGUAUUUUGUAUGAUUGUGGUGAUUAGAGUCUAGAGUGCCAUUAAAAUAUAUUUUACCAUCUCUGA